AUGGCGCGGGAGCUGAGCCAGGAGGCCGUGCUGGACUUCCUCUGGGCGGCCGGGGGGCGAGCCCCCAACACGGCGCUGCUCCGCCACUUCCAGCGCUUCCUCCGCGACCCGGCGCUGACGGAGCAGCAGCGGCGGGAGCGCCGCGAGUACUUCAAGAGCCUCGUCAACUCCCUGGCCACCGUCCACCCCGCCGCCGCCCCCGGCGCCUCCAAGGACAUCGUCCUCCGCCGCAGGUACCGCGACCUCCUCGAUGAGGAGCUGCCGCCGCCGGAGGAGCAGCGGGAGCAGGAGGAGGAGAAGAACGAGCCGCAGCCGCCGCCGCCCCGACGCGAACCCCGCGGGGAGGCGGCGGAGCAGGGGCGGCCCGGCGGGGCGGGGGGCUGCGCCGCCCGGGGCCGCGGCGGGCCGUGCUGCGAGUGCCGCCGUGCCGCCGCCGCCGCCGCCGCGCCGGGCCCCGGGACAGCGCCCGCCCCCCGGCCGCCCCGCUCCCUCUCCCCGCAGCCGCCCCCGUACCGCAGCCAGCCGCCCCCGUACCGCAGCCAGCCGCUGUCCUCGGGCCCCUGGGCGCUCCGUCCCGGCGGCACGGCGCGCAGCCGGCCCCCGGCGCUGCCGUCGGGUCCUGGGGCGCUGUCCGCCGCGGUGCCGCCCCGGUCCCUACCGCCGCCGCUGCCACCGGGCACGGAGAUGCCGCCUCCCUACAGGUUGCCUCAGCCCCGAUCUCCGCCGCAGCCCGUGACCGAGAUGCCCUUGUUGAAGGCCCCACGACCCUCAGCAAGCCCGGAGAGGCGACCCGCCGCCGGACCCAUCCCGUCCCCGCUGCUGUCACCGAGCCCCAGGGCGCUGUCCCCGCGCGACCUGCCCCCUUCCCGAUCCCUGCCGCUGCUGUCCGCCCCGGAGGUGCUGCCCCUGUCCCGGUCCCUGCAGGCGCUCCCUGCCAGCCCCUCCUCGUCGCCACGGCUUUUGUCAGGCCCCGAGGUGCUCGCUUCCACCAGGCUGCCCCCAUCGCAGUCCAGGUCCCUGCAGCAGCUCCCCACCAGGCCACCCCCAGACCUGCCGAGGGGCUCCAGGGGGCUGACCCCCAAGGGACCAACCCAACCUCAAGUCCUGCGACUGCAGCCGUCUCAAAGCCUGACACUGCCGUCAGGCCCUGGGAUCCUGCCCCCCACCAGAUCCCCCCCACCCCAAUCCCUGCCACAGUCCGCCACUCUCCCGCCCCCAUCCCGCUCCCUGCAGCCACCCCUUGCCGGGUCACCCCCCUCCCAAUCCUUGCUGCCAGCACAGGGCCCCGCAGUGCCCCAAGCCGCAGAGAGCCAGCCCCCGGCACCGCUGCCUGUUUUCCGGAGCAUCAGGUGCCAGCUGGCUCUGUCGGAGGCGCAGGGCAUCCCCCCCUCAGCCCACGACGACUGCGGGCGACAGCCCCGCUCCGUGCUCGCCAAGAGCUCCCCCAGGAACGCCGCCAGCCGCGGGCCCUUGGUGCCGCUGGGACAGCGGGAGCACGCCUGGCUGGUGGCAAUGUCAGCGGGCUGCUGGGCUCAGGUGCGGGGGCUCUUUCUGGAAGAGCCUGAGCUGGCCCUGCAGAGGGACUUCAUAUCAGGCUUCACGGUCCUUCACUGGCUGGCCAAGCACGGCGACGGGCCGGGCCUGCAGGAGCUGGCAGCGGCGGCGCGGCGGCUCGGGCUGGCCCUGGACGUGGACGCCCGCUCGGGCUGCGGGUACACGCCGCUGCACCUGGCUGCCAUACACGGCCACCAGCUUGUCAUCAAGGUGCUGGUGCUGCAGCUGGGCUGCCAGGUGCAGGUGCGGGACGGCAGCGGGCGCCGGCCGUGGGAAUACCUGGGCAGCUCCACCUCGGGGGAGGUCUGGCAGCUCCUGGAGGCACCCCGCGGCACCAUCAUGUUCCCCACGCAGCCCCUGGCCCGCAGCGUGUCCUCGGUCAGCAAGGGCUCGCCGUCCACCGGCAGGGCAGCGCUGCCCGCCUGCCUCAGGGGGCAGCUCGGCCGUGGGACAGCGUCCCACCAAUCCCACCAAUCCGGCAGUGACAGCGACUGAGGAGCUCCCGCCAUCCCCUGCCAGGGGAGAUGGGACCUCGGUGGCCACCCUGAGAGAGGAAGCCACGCAGGCAGAACAAAAGCUGUGAAACAGACUGAACCUAUUGAAGAAUGUACUUUUAAAUUAUUGCAAUGAACUGUUGUCUGAGCCUCUCUGCCUCCCCUCCCGUUUCUUGCUUUUUUUAUCAGCAAAGGGAUGCAGUAACUCUGCUGGAAGCAGGAAGAACCCUCAGGAGGCAAGUCCUCCGCAGCCCACAGGGCCAGGGCCAGCUGCUGGGUGCAGCCACGACCACCAGCAUUAGUGGGACCAUGGCUUUGGGUGGGGCUCAAAUCUGGCCCAGUCAGGGUAGAGCACUUGCUUUUGCUGACAGUGACAGAUUGUUGUUAGUCCUGGGGUUUGCAAAACACUUGUUUACACCACCUAAAUUCUGGGGAGUAGUAAAACACAUCCCUUUUUAAUCCCAGCAGAUUAAGGGUGAGUCCCUCUUUUAAAAAUGUAGCUGAUCAAGAUCCAGCCUUCCAGUGAGCAGGGAAGGGCGUUCCCCAGGCCACCUUGCCCACCAUUCCAUGCUGAAAGGAAUGCAGGGCAGCACCACAGCCCUGCUCCCCUCCACAGCUGCCUGGGGCUGUCCAGCAGUAUCCCUGCUGCUCCCUCAUUCCUGCACCUCCAGCUGCCCUCCUCACACCACAGGAUUAGGAAGUGGUACCUGUGUUGUGGCUAGAGCCCUGUUCCCACGCGCCGGCACGGAAAGCAUUCCGGUAGGAUUGUGUGUUGGGCAGAAAAGGAGCUGUGCCGUAGUACAUGUCCCACCCUUGCAGAGGGAAGGCAGUUUCAUAACCAGAGCUGCAUCUUCCCAGAGACACCAGCCCUAAAUUGCCUGUUAGGUGUUUAUGUGAUGGGAGCAGGUGGGACUGGGGGGCCAAGUGCAGUCAAGAGAUGUCCAGUAGAGUAAUUCCUCAGAGUUUACAAAAAAACAAAGGAUUGUGUGCGUCCUAUAAUGUACUCUGCUCUCUGCUUCAGCAUAAAUGAGCUUCUAAAGUGUCAAAAAUUUCAACAAGUUGAUCUUGCACCAAAUCUGCCUCUCCUAUAGAUCCUCUAUGGAGGCAGGAAGAGAGCUUGGUGGGAAGAGGGAUCCAGUGCUGCCAGGUUGAUGCUGCUGCU